AUGGCCGCAACGAUGGUAGCCAGCACAAAGUCGAUUGGUGAGCUCAAUCGCGAGUGGUUUGACUCCAUGGCUGGGUCCGCGUACAAAGCGGAUUGGGUGCGCGAUCUUCUUCAGCAGAUCAGCACGUUUCUGCGCGACAAUGUCGAAUGGGUCGCAAACCCACAAGAAGGCGGGCUCAAGAUUCUUGACUAUGCCUGUGGCGGAGGCAUCGUCUCCAUGACCAUGGCACCGUAUGCCUCUACACUUCGAGGCAUCGACAUCUCCGGCGGCAUGGUUGAGCAGUACAACGACACGGCCCGCCGUCUGGGUCUGCCCACGGAGAAGAUGCACGGCACCCGCGGUGACCUACUCAACGACGCCGACGCCAUCAACGGGCCGGAAUUCAGGGACUUCAAUGCCACGCUUAUGUCGAUGGCCCUCCAUCACGUUGCGGACCCCGCGAAGAUGAUUAAGAAUCUUGCUGAGCGUCUGGCUCCCGGUGGCUCGUUGGUCAUCAUUGACUGGGUUUCGCACGGAAGGACACCGCCGGGCCAGACGCCGCACCCGGCGUCUCACACGGUCACUCGCCACGGGUUCAGUGAGGAGGAGAUGAAGGCGAUGUUUGCCGACGCCGGACUGUCCGACUUUGGAUACCUGCUGCAUCCUCAGAGGUCUAGGAUGCCAAUGGGAGGCGAACAGCAGCUGUUUUUCGCAAGAGCGAGGGCGCCUGUCGCAGAGGAGCACCUGUAG